GCCAUGAUUAUCUGAGAAAAAACUGCACCUACAAAUAAACAAACUAGGAGCCUUAUACUCAUCACUUCACUAACCAAAAAUGGCUUCCUCCUGUCAUAUCUUCUUAAUAUACCUCGUCCUCAUUUCCACCACCUUCCUCGUCGUGGCCAGCAGUGCAAAUUUCUCUGAGCAAUUGGCGAAAACUGAAGCAAUGCAUAGUGCAAACAAGAUGACUCACCUUCAUUUCUAUUUUCAUGACAUAGUCAGCGGGAAAAACCCUUCUGUUAACAUCAUUUUCAGAGGGAAGAAUAAUCUUGGAACGACUGUGAUGAUUGAUGAUCCAUUGACACAAGGGACAGAACGUGGUUCCAAAAUCGUUGGGAGGGCUCAGGGAAUGUAUGCAUUGCCUACAAAAACUGAUGCCGCGCUCCUCAUGGUUAUGAAUUUUUGUUUUCUGGAGGGGGAGUUUAAUGGAAGCACAAUUAGUAUUCUUGGCCGGAAUCCGGUCUUUGAGAAGGUUAGAGAAAUGCCUGUUGUUGGAGGUAGUGGGGUAUUCAGAUUCUCUCGCGGCUAUGCUCUGGCAAAGACGGUUAGGUUUAAUCUAAGGACUGGAGAUGCUGUUGUUGAGUAUGAUGUUUAUGUAAUGCAUUUUUAAUCACUGAGGGGUCUGUUUCACAAGUAUAGGUUUCUAUCAGCUAACUAGAGGUGUUAUUCUUCUUGGUUGAUCAGAAAGUAUAUACUCCUGAUUUUUAGUUCAAAAUUAAGUAAUUAUUUGUCUGAAAUUGAUAUCUUCAAGCUGCAAUGCUUAGACUGUAUGUUACAUCUAGGUAUCUUUGCACUGUCAUCUUUUUUAGACUGUAUGUUAUCUUCUGAUGUUCUUUGAACCUCAGACAAUUUUUUUCCCCAA